UCGCUGUGGCGGUUUGUUGUGUUUGUUGUGGCUGGACUCAUCUCGGAAGAUACGUUUUUCCCGUUCCCCCCCUUUCCCUUCUCUAGCUUCAACGCCGAAAGCACAGCUGGCAUUAUUAGCAGCAGAGCUACCUAUACCUACGAUCUGUCUUGAUUGCCAUCUCUUUUUCUUUCUUCUCCCCUCCUCUCUCUUAACAUUCGACAAUAGAAUUCCUUUUUGGUCCUGUUUCUUAUUCAUCCAUAUCAUUCCAUCGCCAUGUCUGAACAAGUACAGGAGUUGCUUAACAUCCCCCAGGAGUUUCUCAAGGAUGGCAUGCAAUUUGUCAACCGCAGCCAGAAGCCCGACAAGCGCGAAUUCAUCAAGAUCAGCCAGGCCGUUGGUACUGGGUUCCUGAUUAUGGGAUUCAUCGGGUACAUUGUUAAACUGAUCCAUAUUCCUGUCAACAAUGUCCUCGUCGGCGGCGCAUAGAUAUCCUCACGUGGUCUGAGAGCAAGAAGAGUGCAAGAAGAGUGCGCACGCGCAAAGGAGCAAGUCCAGAUCGGACUAGACUUGAAUUGAACCAGUCCAGUCUAUCGCAAUGAGAGUAUACCCACUGUAUCAUCUGUACAGAGCAGACCAGUCUCGGAAAUCGCGCGCGCGCGAGAGAGAGAGAGAGAGAGAGAGAGAGAGAGAGAAGGGG